AUGACGUCAGCGAAGACACCAGCGGAAUCGGCAAUUGAACACAACGUCCACAAGAUUUUUCCCAAUGAUCUGAACGCGGAGUACACCGUGUUCGGUGGCUUGGUGAUGAGUCUUUGUGACCGGACCGCGUUGAUUGUCGCCGAAAGACACAGCGGUACCGCUUGCGUUACGGCCGCCGUCGAUAGUCUCAAUUUUCUCGCACCGGCGCGUUCCGGCGAGACGCUGAUAGUCAAGGCGGCGGUGAAUCGUACCUGGCGCAGUUCGAUGGAAAUCGGUGUUUAUGUGGCGGCAGAAGAUAGCUAUAGCGGCGACACUCGGCACGUGGUCUCGGCCUAUCUGACCUUUGUCGCGCUGGACAAGCAAGGGCGGCCUCAGACCGUUCCCGCGUUGCAGCCUGAGACUACUAUUGAGCAACGUCGUUACGAGCAGGCACAGUUGCGUCGAGACCAGCGUCUUGCGUUGCGCUAG